AUGCCUGGUACAUAUGUAGGAGUGUCUCUGAGCUAUGGAGUAUAUGUACGGAUCAGAGCUAUCUCUCCGGGGACCCGGAGCUCCCCAUCGGUACCGAAGAUCGAUCAUGGAUCCAAACGGAAGAACGAAGCUGAGAAGCUCAAGAAGAGAAAAGGGGCUCCCAACUCCUGGAACCGGCCCCCUUCCCGCUGGAUCCGCGGGCCUACCCGUGGCGACGUGGAGAAGACUGGUAACUGGAUUGGACGUGGAACUUGGAAGGUAUCUGACCAGUCUCAAAUCCCAACCGCCCGACUGUUUGGAAUUGGAGACUUUGGACUGGGAACUUUUCGGAGAGGCGGGGCGCAGAGCCGGAUAGGAUGGAGGAUGGAUACUAGUGGGAGAAUCCGACACAGCGGUUCGAUGUUCAGAAAGAAACGAAAAGGCCGUAAGAAGAAAAUGUCCACGCCUGUUGUUAACCCAAAUCAUCUCCCCUCCAAAGUCUUCUCUAGCUGUCAUCACCCGAGGAACCCUGGACAACAAUACAUCGAGGUGAUGACAGCUAGAGAAGACUUUGGAGUAGAGAUGAUAGCGAGGGAAUCGACCCGGUUUGGGUCGAUAAGCGCAGAUCUCAACGGCGUGAUGAUGAUUUUCAAGAACCCUGACUUCCGUGAACUUUCAGUUUGGACCCCGAAUGAGGAUGUGUUAGUUAUGAGAGCUGCAAACGACUUUCUGCAUCUUUAG